AUGGCCACAUCAGGAAAAAUCCCCCUCAAGUUGGACUCGCUCAACAAUGAAAUGUUUAAAGCGCUCAGAGAAAAAACGCUAAGUCUAAGGAAGGAGAAACUGCACGUCCAACUGUCAGGAAACAAUUUAAACGUAACUCCAAUUGAGAAGUCAUGUCCCCUCACCUUCUUUAUGCUGAAGCAUAAGUACAAGAUAGACACGCAGAGUAUUCAAAUUAAGGUGGCAAGUAAGGACUCUGCCGGAGAGGGAAGUAUCGUAAGUGGAGCGGAUGCCUCCCUUAAACAAAGUGAACCCUCUCAUAGUGACAAUAACCAUGGAGGGGAGAAAAGUUCACCCAACGGGGAAACCAACGGGAAAAACAACACACACGUUAGCAGCGGCGCUAAUGCAACUGGAGGGACAAACUUCCUAGACUCGUUCAUCCAAUUCAACAUUCCCGUUUUGAACGAACUAGACCGAGCCUACUUCUACAAACACAUCAUUGAGAUAAUCGACACGCUCGCUGCGGAUGUUGUUUACAGACACAGCAUAGGAGGAUACAAAAAAAACGACAAGUACAACUUUGUCACGGUCCUCUUUAACAACCUGAAGGUGUACCAGAAGAGCCAACUCCACCACGAGUUUUGUUUCUCCCUGUAUGAGCAAAAACCUCUAACCAUCAACUGUUAUGUUGUCCACUCGGGGAACACCUCUUACAUAUUAAAGCUGGAUUUCUUCCAGGAGAAUAAUCUAAUUUUCGACAUAUACACAACGUUUGUAAAUAUAAACAGCUUAACAUUCAAACCGCAGGAAGUUGUGCCUGUGAUCAAUUCGCACCAGGAUGAGAAGUACCAGCAGGUAAGUCUCUUUGCGGCCCACCUGAAGGAUGUACAAAAUUUGUUUAACCACAAGGAUGUGAAAAAUAAAAUUUUGCAACAGGAGGAUAUAAACUUCAUGCUGGAUUAUUUUAAAAACACUCCAGUGGAGAAAAAGACCUAUGAGAAAAAUCAGUACCAAACUACGGACAUUUUUGAGUAUGACCAUGUGCAGGCCAAAUCGGCCAACGGGGUGUGCGCAUCAGGAGCGGUGUCAUCAGCUGAAGCUGCAAUGAACGCGCAGGGAAAAAACGCCCUGACCAUCCUCGGACACAUUUUGGACACAAAGGACGUAGCCUUCUACACCGGGAAGAGUAACUUCUACUGCAAGGAUUCUUACAUCGAGUCGAAGAAUUUCAUAUCGUCGGAAUUUAAAAACAUCCACAACUUCACCUUUGGGGGAUACCUUGCUUACCUCUCCUUCUGUCACGCCAUGACCAUAAUCAAGCACUACGUUGCUCGCCCAGUCCUUAUCGAGUUAAAUGAAAUUCAGUACAUUCUGCCUGUUCCCUGUAACUCUAUCGUAUCAUUUAGGGGAAAAGUCAUUUACUGUGAUGCUGACAAAAUUCAGGUAAAAAUUGCAGCUUACUGUUUUGACUUGAAAAAAAAUGCGUACUACUUAACCACCAUUUUUGACAUGUCCUUUGAAAAUAAUUCUGCCAUUUCGUUCAUUCCCCAGUCGGAGGAGGAGGUUAAGCUUUAUUUGUUGAGCUACAUCCGUUCGCACUUACUCCCCUAG